ACAUAUAUUGAUCUCUUUACUGUUUGAAAGAAAAGGAGGAAAAGAUGUUGAAAUCUCAAGGCGUUGGGUGUUCCACACGAGUGGCUCCGGCGACCCUCUGCCAUCUGCAGAGGCCAUCAUUGGGUCGUGGCAUCAACGCCGGAGUUUCUUUUCCUUUUUGGAACAAUCCCGGGAAUAAGCAGAAGGCCAAGAGCAUCAGCAAUGGCCGCCUUAGACUCGUGUCCCGUGAAAUCAAAGCAGCCUUGACCACUGUCGCCGAACCCACCACCACCGUUCUCACAAAAGUCAUUGUCAAGAAGAUCACUGGAGAAAUCACUUCGUCAACACUUCUCAUGGAAAGCAAGGCCCUCGAUAAGUUGCUCAAACUCGAGUUCGCCAGCAUACUCGUCGAUCCCAAAACUGGGUUGGAGAAGCCGCCGAUUUCAGUUCAGGCAAAGCUGAUUAGUGAAGACGUGUUGGAGGAAAUUUACGAGGCGAGUUUGGAAGUUCCAGCAGAUUUCGGAGAUAUAGGAGCUGUGAUUGUUGAAAACCACAAUGAAAAGGAGAAGUUCGUUAAAGAGGUUGAGCUCAAUGGCCUUGCUUCCGGUCCCUUGAUCGUCACCUGCAACUCAUGGGUUCAACCCAAGACUCUGGUUCCCACCCAAAACAGAGUCUUCUUCACCGACAAGUCAUACUUGCCAUCGCAGACGCCGGCUGGGCUUAGAUCCAUGAGGGAAACAGAGCUCGUCAAUUUACGAGGCAAUGGCACGGGAGAGCGUCAAAGUUACGACAGAAUUUAUGACUACGAUGUGUACAAUGACCUCGGAGAUCCUGACAAAAGUGAAGAUCUCAAAAGACCAGUUCUUGGUGGCACUGAACGCCCUUAUCCUCGCCGUUGUAGAACCGGUCGUCCACCUACCAAAACAGAUCCAAAUUCGGAGCAAAGGGCAACUGGAAGCAUAUACGUUCCACGAGACGAGACAUUCUCUGAUUUAAAGCAAGGAGUUUUCAAUGCAUCCACGCUAUUGUCUGUGUUACGAGCAAUCAUACCCAGACUCCAAGUACAUUUUGAUCAAAACACUGGAUUUCCCAACUUCAAGGCAGUCGAUGCACUAUUUGAUGUUGAUGGCUUCAAUUUGCCGCCUCUUGAAUCCACCACCUCUCUCAAAGAUCUCUUACCUUGGAUCUUCAAAUUCCUCUCUGAGACUGGACAAUUUCUCUUUCGCUUUCAAUCUCCUGAACCCAUGGACAGGGACAAGUUUUUUUGGUUAAGAGAUGAAGAAUUUGCGAGGCAAACUCUUGCUGGCCUUAAUCCAUGCAGCAUUCAAUUGGUCAAGGAAUGGCCAUUGAUGAGCCAACUCAAUCCUGAAAUCUAUGGUCCUCCCGAGUCGGCAUUCAACACCCAAAUGAUCGAUAGAGAGAUUGGCUCAAUGACAGUUCAAGAGGCAAUUCAACAGAAAAAGCUGUUUAUUUUGGAUUACAAUGACAUGUUGUUGCCGUAUGUGCGAAGAGUAAGAGCACUUAAAGGAACAACCCUUUAUGGGUCAAGAACAUUGUUUUUCCUAAAUGAAGAUGGGACGCUUAGGCCACUAGCUAUUGAGCUAACACGACCACCAAUGGACGGCAAACCUCAAUGGAAGGGAGUUUAUGGACCUAGUGAAAACGCCACUAACCUCUGGCUUUGGAGAUUCGCCAAAUCUCAUGUUCUUGCCCAUGAUGCUGGUUAUCACCAACUCGUCAGUCAUUGGUUAAGGACUCAUUGUGCUGUGGAGCCUUAUGUGAUAGCCACAAAUAGACAAUUGAGUGCAAUGCAUCCAAUCCACAGACUUUUAAAUCCUCAUUUUCGGUACACUAUGGAGAUCAAUGCAGCUGCUCGUACCAAUCUGAUCAACGCAGGUGGGACAAUCGAGAGCACAUUCUCACCUCUCAAAUAUUCCAUGGAGUUGAGUUCUACAGCUUAUGAUCUUCAAUGGCAAUUUGACUUGCAAGCCUUACCUGCUGAUCUAAUUCAUAGAGGAUUGGCAGAGGAGGAUCCAACUGCUUCACAUGGUCUGAAAUUGCACAUCAAAGAUUACCCUUUUGCUAAUGAUGGUUUGAUCUUAUGGGAUGCUCUUAAACAAUGGGUCACAGAGUAUGUGAAUCAUUACUAUCCAGACCCAUCUCUUGUAGCAUCCGACACAGAGCUUCAAUCAUGGUGGACUGAAAUUAGAACUGUGGGUCACGCGGACAAACAAGACGAGCCAUGGUGGCCGCUUCUCAACACGCCUCAGGACCUAAUAGAUAUAGUCACAAACAUUGCUUGGGUAGCAUCAGCUCACCAUGCAGCCGUGAACUUUGGGCAAUAUGCAUAUGCAGGGUACUUCCCAAGUAGGCCCAGUAUAGCUAGAACGAACAUGCCCACUGAAGAUACAAACCCUGCACUUUGGAAAAGCUUCUUGGAAAAGCCAGAGGAGGUUCUUCUAAAUGCCUUCCCUUCACAAUAUCAAGCAACACAGGUAAUGUUAGUGUUGGAUGUGCUGUCGAGUCACUCUCCGGAUGAAGAAUAUCUUGGGAAGAAUAUGGAGCCAUCAUGGGGUGAUAAUCCUGCAAUAAAGGCAGCAUUUGAUAGGUUUAACAAAAGGAUGAAAGAAUUGGAGUUGAUAAUCGAUCACAGGAAUGCUGAUUUCAACUUGAAGAACAGAACAGGAGCUGGGGUUACCCCAUAUGAGCUUUUGAAGCCAUUUUCAGGACCAGGAGUGACUGGAAAAGGAGUUCCAUAUAGUAUUUCUAUUUAAUCAAUGACGAAUGUAGCAAUUAUGUACGAAGAACUCUGAAAUAAUGUAGCAAUCAAGAGUUCAAAAUAAAUGUUGGUUGUUGUU